AAGCUGCAGGCCCUGAAGGACACGGCCAACCGCCUGCGCAUCAGCUCCAUCCAGGCCACCACGGCGGCGGGCUCGGGUCACCCCACGUCAUGCUGCAGUGCCGCUGAGAUCAUGGCUGUCCUCUUCUUCCACACCAUGCGCUACAAGCCUCAGGACCCCCGGAACCCUCACAAUGACCGAUUUGUGCUUUCCAAGGGCCACGCAGCUCCCAUCCUGUACGCCGUCUGGGCUGAGGCUGGCUUCCUACCUGAUGCUGAACCUGAGGAAGAUCAGCUCUGACUUGGACGGGCACCCUGUCCCGAAACAAGCUUUCACCGACGUGGCCACUGGCUCCCUGGGCCAGGGCCUCGGGGCGGCGUGCGGGAUGGCCUACACGGGCAAGUACUUCGACAAAGCCAGCUACCGGGUCUACUGCAUGCUGGGAGACGGGGAGCUGUCGGAGGGCUCCGUGUGGGAGGCCAUGGCUUUCGCCGGAUUCUACAAGCUGGACAACCUCGUGGCCAUUCUUGACAUCAACCGGCUGGGCCAGAGUGACCCAGCCCCGCUGCAGCACCAGGUGGAUGUCUACCAGAAGCGCUGCGAGGCCUUCGGGUGGCAUUCUGUCAUCGUGGACGGACACAGCGUGGAGGAGCUGUGCAAAGCCUUCGGCCAGGCCAAGCACCAGCCGACGGCCAUCAUCGCCAAGACCUUCAAGGGCCGAGGGAUCGCGGGGGUAGAGGACAAGGAGUCCUGGCACGGGAAGCCCCUCCCCAAAAACAUGGCGGAUCAGGUCAUCCAGGAGAUCUAUAGCCAAAUCCAGAGCAAAAAGAAGAUCAUGGCUACACCCCCGCAGGAGGACGCCCCCUCGGUGGACAUCAGCAAUAUCCGCAUGCCCACCCCACCCAGCUACAAAGUCGGGGACAAGAUAGCCACCCGGAAGGCCUACGGGCAGGCCCUAGCCAAGCUGGGCCACAGCAGUGACCGCAUCAUUGCCCUGGAUGGGGACACCAAGAAUUCCACCUUCUCGGAGCUCUUCAAAAAGGAGCACCCAGACCGCUUCAUCGAGUGCUACAUUGCUGAGCAGAACAUGGUGAGCAUCGCCGUGGGCUGUGCCACGCGCGACAGGACGGUGCCCUUCUGCAGCACCUUCGCAGCCUUCUUCACGCGGGCCUUCGACCAGAUCCGCAUGGCGGCCAUCUCCGAGAGCAACAUCAACCUCUGCGGCUCCCACUGCGGCGUGUCCAUUGGGGAGGACGGGCCCUCUCAGAUGGCCCUGGAAGACCUGGCCAUGUUUCGGUCAGUGCCCAUGUCAACCGUCUUUUACCCAAGCGAUGGUGUUGCCACGGAGAAGGCAGUGGAGUUAGCAGCCAACACGAAGGGGAUCUGCUUCAUCCGUACCAGCCGCCCUGAAAACGCCAUCAUCUAUAGCAACAACGAGGACUUCCAGGUCGGCCAAGCCAAGGUGGUCAUGAAGAGCAAGGAUGACCAGGUGACCGUGAUUGGCGCUGGGGUGACCCUGCACGAGGCCUUGGCUGCUGCAGACCUGCUGAAGAAAGACAAGAUCAACAUCCGCAUACUGGACCCCUUCACUAUCAAACCCCUGGACAGGAAGCUCAUUCUGGACAGCGCCCGUGCUACCAAGGGCCGGAUCCUCACGGUGGAGGACCACUACUAUGAAGGUGGCAUAGGUGAGGCAGUGUCUGCUGCAGUAGUGGGUGAGCCUGGUGUCACCGUCACCCGCCUGGCUGUCGGUCAGGUUCCAAGAAGCGGGAAGCCGGCCGAGCUGCUGAAGAUGUUCGGCAUUGACAAGGAUGCCAUCGCGCAAGCUGUGAGGGGCCUCGUCACCAAGGCCUAGGGAGGGUGUGGUGUGCAGGGCAGGGGUUCGACACAUUCCUGAGAAGCUGGCAAAGGUGCUCAAAGAUGAAAUGCGAGGAGUGGCAAAUAUAUGUUUUAAGAAAAGCGAA